GCACCUUCUGUUGGCAUGUUCAAGACGAGAUUGAACCCUCGUAGUGUUAAAAACUGCAAGGAUUAAUAUAGGUUGAUAGACCUUCUAUCCUUAUUACAGAAGGUUGUCGACACAACCACUUGCAUGAAGGCUCGAAGUUUGACGUAAUCCAAGGUCAAGGUCAUAUCAGCAUGGCUAGAAAAGGUGAACGUGUUUCUGUGAGUGAAGACGAUGACGAAGAUAUUUAUGACCCUAAAAGCAGGGGAUUCUGUCGUGCAUGUGUCGACUUGUCAAAGUUUGGUCUUACAAAAGCAAAGGAGAUGGUAUCCAAACCGAGUGUAGGUAUGUACUUUUCCAAAACGUCCUUAUAUCUUGUAUUGUAUUGUUCACUGUGUGUUUUAAAAUGUGACCGCUAGCCCUGGAAACUCUGUACUGAAUGGGUAUGCGUGUAUAGUUAAUAUUAAAAUUCAGUAUUCUGAUUUUCACUUGCUCGUACAAAAUAUCCAAGAUCAUAUAUGAUCUAAAACGAUGCAGUCGGCAGCCAAACUCUCGAUAGUUAAUCUCCCGUGGCUUACGUACUGUUUUCAUGGUUCGGAGUGUCCACCGGAUAAAAUUGAACUUGGAAAAGCAACAUGGACUUUGUUGCAUACAAUGGCAGCAUAUUACCCUAUACACCCGACAUUGAAACAACAAGAAGAUAUGAAGAAGUUUUUACAAAUUUUUCCUCAGUUCUUCCCAUGUCGACCAUGUGCUUAUGAUUUUGAGUCUAACAUUAUUGUUCAUCCACCGAAAUUGGAUAGUCGUCAUGCAUUAAGUGGAUGGUUAUGUAUGCAACAUAAUUUAGUGAAUAAAAAGAUUGGCAAACCGUUAUUUGAUUGUACUCAUGUAUUGGAAAGAUGGCGAUAUGGUUGGAAAGAUAAUGAUGAUUGUAGAUUACCAGAACAAGACUAGUAACAUUUUCAAUGACUUGUCUUUUAAUAUAUAUAUAUAAUGUGUGUGUGUGUGCGCUUGGUGAUUGUUCAGAAUUCCUUUCGACCUAUAUUCUCUUGUUCCUAUGUUUGUUCAGUAGUAUCUUUCAUUAUUACUAAAAAAAUAAUGAGUAGUAUGAUAGUGUACACAAAUAAUUCAUUUAGUAUGAAAAUAUAUGUAUUGGACAAUUUGAAUUGAUAUUUCAGUGAUGUUUGUUUUUAUUUUAUAUUAAAAUUAGAAAAAUAUACCUGGUAUUUGCCAA